AUGGCCUCGCCGGCGCUGCCCACCGACGACCUCCUGUCAGACAUCUUCCUCCGUCUUCCGGAGCCGGCCGACCUCGUUCGUACCGCGGCCGCCUGCGUCCCCUUCCGCCGCCUCGUCGCCGACCGCGCGUUCCUCCGCCGGUUCCGCUCGCUCCAUCCCGCGCCGCUCCUCGGCUUCCUCGACCACAACGGCUUCCACCCAGCGCUUCCACCCCACGCAUCCGCCCCCGCGGCGCAGGCCGUCUCGCUCGCCGCGGAUUUCUCCUUCUCGUUCCUCCCCGCCUGCUCCAUGGGCCGCGGCUGGGUCGUGCGCGACGUCCGCGAAGGCCGCGUCCUCCUCGACCGCUCCCCCGAGGACGGAGGCGAGGAGCCGCAGGUCUUCACGGAGAUAGCGGUGUGCGACCCCUUGCACCGGCGCAGCGUCCUGCUCCCCCCGAUCCCUGACGACCUGGCCACAGCGGUGGAGCACCCGCUCCGCUUGGAGUUUGACCGCUGGUGCGAGCCCUUCCUCGCCCCCCAAGGCGCCGACGGCGGGGACCCAGAGGAUGAGACGUCGUUCGGAGUGAUCUGUAUGGUGCAGUGCAAAGCCAAGCUCGUCACCUUCGCCUUCUCUUCCACCACUGGGGAAUGGCGAGCCGUCGCGUCUCUGGCCUGGCUCGAUCUGAUGGCCGGCCUGGGCGGCUCGUCAAGGAGCCCUGCGUUCUCCGGGCGCCAGUACGCUCGCGGCUGCUUCUAUUGGGUUAUGGAUUGGCGCGACAAGUUUCUCGUGCUUGACGCUGGGAGGAUGGAAUUCUCCAUCGCUGACGUCCCACCUGGCUGCCAUAGGCGACAGAUCGCCAUUGUGGAGGCAGGGGAAGGCAGGGUUGGGAUGUUUGCGCUCCGCGACCAUGUUGCAGAUGGUGCAGUUAGCCUCCAUUAUACUGUAAGGCGAGACGAUGCCGAUGGUUCCAAUCAGUGGCAGGUGGAGAAGAUAAUUCCGCUGGAUCCUGGGUUUCGGUAUUACAUCAGGGGUGCAAUGGAGAGGUACAUGCUCCUGCUAAGGUUUCCUGAACACCUAAGUUUAGCAGGGGUGCAUGUAAGCUCAUCGGCGGAGAUGGAAGACUUGGAAUGUUUUUCGAUGGACGCCAGGACUUUGCAGCUUGAGAGGGUGUGCAAAUUGAAGCACCACAUUAUGCGUGGGCAUGCCUACAUAUAUACCAACUUUCCACCAUCCCUGUCGCCACAGAGUAUCUAA